AUGGCUGCCCGAGAGCCAUCAAGAUACCUAACACGGACACUGCCACGGGCGAUUGUCCCGUCGGCUCGUCCGCAGACCCUAGCAUGCCGGCGCAAUGCCUCUGAUGAUGCGCCAGCCAGGCGUCUGUCCAACCAUCUGGCCGAGCUGGAGACCGAGUCCUCCCUGGCCACACCACUGCCAGAGGAGGCAGUGAAAUCAUUCAACCCCGUUGCAGCCGCAAAGUCCCGCAGAGCUCAGCUCCCACGCAGUCGAUACCAAUUCCGACCCCCAAAAUACGACCGCGGCCCUCUCCACCCGCAUCAACCACCACCGCCAUCAGACCCGUCCUCGCGCGUAUUCGUACCGGGCCCCUUCUCCCUGCCACGCGUCCAACAAACCUACGACGCCACAAUAUCAUCCGACAUCCUCACGCUGUGCUACGUGCACAACCCACCAGGCUUCACCCCACCAGCCAAGGCACCCCGUCUCCGCGAAUGGGACGACAGCUCCCCCUACCACAAGAACCGUCCUCUACGCGGGCCACGCGGCGGCGAUGUCCUACGACUCCUGCGCAAGCCAAUUAAAUUCAACAGCAUCCCCCAGCUAGAGCGCAUUACCAUCCACAGCUACGUUAAGCAGGCUGCUCAGGAGAACUCAGGCUGGCUGCACGUCGCCGGGAUGGCCGUGCAGGCCAUUUCGAAUAAGCGUGUCGAGACAUUCAAGUCCCGCGCUAGUGUGUCGACUUGGAGUAUUGCCCCUGGGAGGGAUACUGUUGCUGUCAAGGCGGAGCUGCGCGGGGAGGAUAUGUAUCACUUCUUCGGGAAGUUGGUUGAUGUUGUUCUGCCGAGACUGAAGGACUGGCCUGGUGUGAAGGGGACGAGUGGUGAUAGUAGUGGGAAUAUUACCUUUGGACUGGAGCCUGAGCAGGUUGCUCUGUUUCCGGAGAUUGAAGUCAACUAUGACAUGUACCCUCCUAAGAUGAUCCCCGGUUGCCACAUCACCAUCCACACCAGCGCCAGGGCGGACAAGGAUGCACGCCUGCUCCUUAGUGCCAUGGGUGUGCCCUUCCAUGGGAAGAUCGUCAACUAG